GGCUGGCCGCGCCCCCCCCCCUCCCGGGCAGGGCCGUGGGCAGAGGGGGAAGGAGAGGGGGAGGCCCCCGUCGAGCAGCGCCUGCUGGGGGCUCGGAGUGUAGCCGGCCAUGUCCGACAUCGUGAUCCACGUGGACACGGCCCUUCAGCCGCGCCCCAGCAGGGGCUCCGAGGGCAGCCGGAAGCACAAGCGCUUCGUGAGGCGCCGCCGAGUGCUGGAGAAGAAGGGCUGCCUGAAGCAGAAGCAGCGGCCCCCGCAGCCGGCCCAGCCCAAGCAGGAGGCGGCCCAGAGGCGCUCACGGCCCACGCACCGAGGGAGGCGUAGGAGGAGGCGGAAAACCGGCGGCCCAGGCGGAGCAGGGGCGGAGAACGGCGUGGGGCGCUGGCUCGGAACACCGUCUCCCACGGAGAACGGCGGCGGCGGCGGCGGCGGCGGCGGCAGGAGGACUCCGGGCCUCGCAGCAUGGGCCCAGCCUGGCGGCCUCCCGGCAGCACCCAGCAAAGCAGGAAGUCGCUCCGCGAAGCCCGGGGGAGUGAAGCACCAUUGCAGCACGCGGGACCGUGCAAGAGCCAGCCUGUGGAGCGAGUGUGAGAGCGGCCUCCCCUCGGCCCCGAGCCUGGCCACGCCCAGCAAAAUGGUGGCCGUUGACUGUGAGAUGGUGGGCACCGGGCCGGGGGGGCGGAUCAGUGACCUGGCCCGCUGCAGCAUCGUCAACUACUACGGCGAUGUGAUGUAUGACAAAUACAUCCGGCCUGUCAACCCCAUUACCAAUUACCGGACUAAAUGGAGUGGCAUCAGGAGGCAUCACAUGACAAACGCCGUCCCUUUCAAGACAGCCCAGAAGGAGAUUCUGAAGAUCCUGACUGGGAAGAUCGUCAUUGGUCAUGCAAUCCACAAUGACUUCAAGGCCCUCAAAUACUUCCACCCCAAAUCAGCAACCAGGGAUACUUCGAAAAUCCCCCUGCUCAACCGCAAGGCUGGCUUCCCGGAGAAUGAGUCUGCCUCACUGAAGCGCCUGACCAAGCAGCUCCUCCACAGAGACAUCCAGGUUGGCCAAAAUGGCCAUUCCUCGGUAGAAGAUGCCCGGGCCACUAUGGAGCUGUACAAGGUGGUUGAAGUCGACUGGGAGAGCUAUCUGGCCUCGUCCCCAGCGCAGGACUGAUGCUUCUGGGUGUGGAGGGUGCCGUCCGCCAGCCCGCCAGCGGCCUGCGACUUCCAGAGCUGGUACUGCCGAUGCCCAGGAGUGGUUCCGUUGGGCCUGGGGGGUCUGGAAAAAGAACUGAACUGGGGGGGGGGCGGGUUGAGUGAAGACGGGCUUCUGGGAGGUGACCAUUACAUCCAUUUCCAGUUCAGGCCUGACACAGUUUGUUCCUCAGAGGCUGGCCGGUUGCCUUCUGUCUGUGUGACUGGCUCAGUGCUCCUGUGGCUGACGUUUCCUUCCGGGCUGAGUGCCGGGUGAGAUUUCUCUACCACCAUCGCCGGACAUGUUGGCCUUGGGUCGAACAGUGGGCCUAACAGCGCUCUUAACCCCUGAAGUGGCCUCCUGGCUGCGGCAUCAUUUGGCGUCUUUCCUUGGAGGGAAUUGGGCACAGUGACAAAGGCCCGGAAGUCCUUCUCCCGGCCAAGCCGGGCCCAGCAAAGUCUCUGUUCCUGGCGACUGGUAUCUGUGCUCUUCUGCCUCUGCCAGGCCCAUGGCCUGGGAGGGCCCGGUGCCUCCCCCGCAUCCCUGUGUCCCCACCUAGAGAGUCUAGCAGAGAGGAUGGCCUCCGCUGCUUGGGUCACAGGAGGGGGUAGGUGGUGUGACACAAUAGAGGUUCUGCUCAAAUACCAAACUUUAGAGUUUAAAAAAAUGCAGUUGCAUUAAGAGAGACCAUCAGUGAGCUGAGGAGGUCUCCAGCCCUUCCCAGGUGGUGGAAGGCCAAGGAUGGAUUCCUCCAAGGAACGGACCUUCUUCCUGUAAGGCCGAGGGAGGGAGGGGCCCAGGGACACUUCCACACGGCCCGCCUCAUCUGGGUCCUCUGGGAGCAGUGCCUCAACACAGCCACGGGGACGUAGCUGUGGUCAGUGGUGGGGUGUUUAUCAUUAUGCCAGGAAUAAAAAUCCCAUUAGUGAGCAGGGGAAGAGGGGAGGCAG